UUCAUCCUUUCAAUAUCUCAACAAGAAGAAAAGCCAUAAAAGGAAAUAUCACAAAAAUCUGCUAGAAGAAAAAAAGGGAAAAAGAAACAUAGAAAAUGGAUAUAAAGAGAGUUGAAGCUGCUCAAGAAUAUGAAGAUUUUGUGCCAACAUCAAUGAUGGUUCAAGAAAAAGACUAUGACACUCUUCUCUUUAAUCUUACAGGUUUCAAGAAAGAACAGGUAAAGGUUCAACUGUCCAAAACAGGAAUUCUAAAUAUUAGUGGACAAAGGCUAGUUUAUAAAUGGCAGAGGUUUCAGAAGGACAUUCCUGUUUCAGAAAAUUGUGACAAAAGCAAAAUUAGUGCUAGAUUUGUAAAUGGCAAUAUUCUUUGUGUUAAAUAUCCAAAAUUGAUCAUUUCAGAAGAAAAAAAGGAUAAAAAGUUGCCUGCCUCAGCCAAUGAACCACAUGCUCAGAAGGAAAAUGAAGAACAAGCUACAAUGCAAAAGGGUAAUGCUGAGAAUGUUGCUGCUAAAGAGCCAAUACUGAAAGAAGAACCAAAGAACACUAAUCCAAAAACCAGUGAACAAACAGAGGCUAUAAGCCUUCCAAAAAGCACUUCAGAAGAUGGAAAGGCAACAAUUUCUUGCAGUAAACCGAACAAUCAAUCGAUAAACGAUAAGGAAUUACCAGCCGGAGACGCUCAACUGCCUAAUAAUGCUGCGAAUACUCCUGCUAAAGAGCCAGAACUGAAAGAAGAACCAAAGAAAACUAGUCCAAAAACUAAUGAACAAACUGAGGCUAAAAGUCUUCCCAAAAGCACUUCAGAAGAUGGAAAAAUAACAAGUUUAUUCACUAAACCAGAUGAUCAAUCGAUAAACGAUAAGGAAUUGCCAGCCCGAGAUGCUCCACUGCCUAAUAAUCCAGCCAGUGAACCACAACAGCAUCAAAAUACCACUUCAAUUGAUGAGCCAAAGAUCAAUAAAUCAAGAACUAGUGAACAAACAAGAGUUAAACCAGAUAACGACAACAGCAACAACAACAACAAUAACAACAAUACUGCCUCAGUUCCUAACAAGUUGGGGUCGGCUAGUGAUUUGUUCGCAAAGCUGAAGAUGCGAAAGGAAGUGAUAAGCAUGACCCUGGUUGCUCUGUUGGUUCUUGGUGUCGGUCGCUAUGUCAUCAAUGUGAUGAAGUCACCCAAGAAAGAUAAAGAAUGAGACUAGCUUGUCUUCCUGGAAUUAAAAUUUAAAAAUUGGGAUAUUAUGUAUCUGAUGUGAUUGUAAAUAGAAUAUAUAAACGUCCAUUCUGAAAUGUAAUCAAUGAAAAGUUGCAAUCAUGAAUUAUGUACAGUGGAUGAUUGUUCUUAAUGAAAUUAAUAACUCUGCUGCAA